GAGGGGGCCACCCCCGGGGCAGAACUCCAGCCCUGCAUGCUGAAGUGCCACAGGACCAAUCCUGCCCUUGCAAAUGCAGGCUCCCGGGCAAGCCCCUCCCUCCUUGGAGUGGACAGCAAGGAGCGGACAGGGAGAAGCUCCAGCUGGUAGCUGGAAACAUCCAGAUUUGCCUCUGCUUGCAUUGGCAGCAUUAGAACUCGCAACCAGGAAAAAACUUCUCCGCUUCAAGUUUCUCAGCAGCUGAAGAUCUCCCUUCCCCCCUCCCCAUUCUUGCCCCUGGAGUAAAAGAGGCAGAAGAGUCUGGAGAACUUUUGCUGCCGCAGCAGAUGGCCCUCGGGAACAUACAGAUGACGAGUGAGCAGGGCACAGAACCAGGCAUGGGGACAAGAAAAAUCUCAGGUGCCAGGGGACUCUGGGGAAAAACAAGGCCCAAGAGCCUUCUGGGUGAUGAUGCCCUUGGCUGGGAUGCACAGCGCCGGCGCUUCAGGCAGUUCUGCUACCAGGAGGCCGAGGGGCCCCGAGACGCAUGCAGCCGACUCCACGAACUUUGCAGCCUCUGGCUGAAUCCAGAAAGGCACAGCAAGAAGGAGAUCCUUGACUUGGUGGUCCUGGAGCAGUUCCUGGCCAUCCUGCCCCCGGAGAUGGAGAGCUGGGUCAGGGAAUGCGAGCCGGAGAGCAGCUCCCAAGCGGUGGCCCUGGCAGAAGGCUUCCUCCUGAGCCAGGCAGAGAGGCAGAAAGAGCAGGUGAGUGGGUUCAUCCCAGCAAGACCGAAUCAGCUGGGAACCUGAGUCUAUCCCUGAAGCAUCUCUGCCCCAUCCCUAUGCAGAAGAGAUUUCCCUCCCUCUCCAGGCAGCCUCUUCCAGGGGCCAAGUGCCGCACGUGGCAUUUGGGUGCUUCCCUGCCCCUUCUGGGUCAUGUUCCAUGAUCCGAGGGAAUCCCAAACUGGAUUCCAGCCCCACUGGUAGCAGCAAAGAGUGGAGGGCCGGGAUCGUUCCCUUUACUCCUCUGAUUCUUCUGUUUGUUCCCGGCCCGGGAUUCUGGAUUGUUGCUUCAGCUACGUGGACUAUUCAUGGAUUCAUUCAAAGAUCCGCCAAAAACCUGCCAGGAGCUACCAUUUAGAGGCAUCAAGCAGGAAUGUCGAAUGCCUGACACCUCCUCAGGCUUUGGAAGAAUAUCGCCUGCGCUUUCCACCUCUUCCCCACCUUGUGGUGGAACAGAAGCAGCCGCUAGGCAGCCAGCUCAGACUGAGGACGGUCCCGUGUCCUUUGAGGAAGUGGAUGUGGACUUCACCAAGGAGGAGUGGGAGCUGCUGGACCCGGGCCAAAGGGCUCUGGCCAUGGACGUCAUGUUGGAGAAUUUUGGGAAUGUGGCCUCUCUCGGAGAACUCUUGACGGCCAGAUCUGAAGAAGAAAAGGGGCUUGCCCAGAGUUCCACAGAAAGAGAGAGAACAGCAGGAAAUGAUGGGCAGAAACAUGAGAAUGAGCAGAAACCUUAUGGGGUAUUGGUAGACAGAGCCUGGCAGCCAGAGGUGGAUAAAAAUGUCACACAUCAAGAAGGAACAAAGAUACAGGAGAGAAACCAAACACAGAAUUGGCAAAACACAUCUCAUGCUUCUGUAGGAGGGGACUUGCAGCUGAUCCAGAUCCAACAAGAAACCAAGAACAGAAAGGGAAGGAAUGAGUGCCCCGUCUGUUUCAAAAACUUCAGCAGUAAAUCAAGCCUUAACGUACACCAGAGAAUUCACACAGGGGGGAGACCUUACAUAUGCUCAGAGUGUGGUGAGGCCUUUCGUGAGAAAGCACACCUUACUUCACAUCAAAGGACCCACACAGGAGAGAAGCCAUAUACGUGUUUGGAGUGUGGAAAGAGCUUUAGUCAAAGCAAGAAUCUUACUUCCCACCGAAGAAGCCACACAGGCGAGAAACCGUAUAAAUGUGUUGAGUGUGGUAAGAGUUUCAGUCAGAAGGCAAAUCUUGUUAAACACCAAGGAACUCACACAGGGGAGAAACUGUCUAAAUGUUUAGAAAGCACAAAGAGUAUUAGUCAGAGUGCACAUGUAACUUCACAUCUAACAAUUGAUAUGCGAGGGAAACAGCAUAAAUGCCCGGACUGCGAUCGGAGCUUUUUAAAUAUGUCAGACCUUGUUCGACAUCAGAGAAUUCACACAGGAGAGAAGCCGUAUAAAUGCUCAGAAUGUGGCAAGAGCUUCAGUCAGAGGGCAAAUGCUAUUAGACACCAAGAAACCCACACAAGGGAGAAACCAUAUAAAUGUUCAGAGUGUGGGAAGAGCUUCAGGUGGAAUGCGCAGCUGAUUUCACAUCGAACAGUUCACACAAGGGAGAGAUUGUGCAAAUGUUCAGACUGCGGUCAGAGUUUCUGUAGCACAUCAAACCUUGUCAGGCACCAAAGAAUUCACACAGGGGAGAAGCCGUAUAAAUGCUUGGAAUGUGGAAAACGCUUCAAUCAGAGAACCAAUCUAACGUCGCAUCAAAGAGUCCAUGCGGCAGCAAAAUUAUAUCAUGCCUUGGGGUAUGGAAAGAGUGAAAUGCCAAGUCCGGAAACCCGUGCCACACUUGGCAAUUCGCAGCUCCCAUGUUCAAAUCCCCUCCCAUUAAAUCAGAAUGGCAAAGAGCAGCGACACCCUCCACUGGAUGCCACCCAGUUUGUGAGGCUUUAUUUUAGCAGUCUCCUUAAAAAUAGCCCUGCUACUUAAGGUCAUUUUACUGCAGAUGUCAGGAUCAACCAUGAGACGUUCUGCGUGUAAAAUAUGAGCUAUGGCGAUGACCCUGGUUAGUGAGGCGUUAUUUGAAAUAAUACAUUUUGUUUGGCCUGGACCUUUUGCCAGUCAAUUUCACUGAGUGACUGAUAGUUCAAGCUCUACGCUAUUCUUUUGGGUGAGUAGCUGUGUUGGACUGCAGUAGAAGAGCGAGAUUCCCAGGGUAUAAGCUUUUGAGAAUCAAAGAUGGUAUCUGUUGGAAAUCUUGUUGGUCUCUAAGGUCCUACUAGACUCGAAUCUUGCUGCAUUAUCUUUUUGAGAUGGAAUGACCAGAACUGUGAACAUUAUUUCAAACAUGGUCACACCGGAGAUCUGCACAAGGGUAGUAUGAUACCGACUGUUUUUCUAUUAAUCGCUUCUCUGAUUUCACAUUCUUCUUUUUCUCUUCGGUGCAGUCAUACGCAGAGGCCUCCUUAGGAACUAGCAGAGGAUUUUGGCUGGUAUUGGAAAACGAUGGUGGACCAGAAAGGCCGUUUGCUUGGUGGAUCUUUUUUGUUUAACAAAGAACAGUUUCCACUGCUCUUAUUUGGUGAUAGACAGUUUGAGUAUGUUGUUAUCACUUGGCUUGUUGAAUAAUGUUUUGUGUACAGUUGCGGCAACCAAUAUUGUUCCACAGGGGAACGAAAACUUUUCUCCCACAUGGUGAAUCUUUGUCUUAAAAAAUAUACGUUCUCUAACAGAAGAGGU